AUGUCACAAGCACCAGAAACCAGCGACGAAAAUGUCGAUAUGAAAAUAGAAGGGAAUAUAUAUUAUCAAGUCGAGCUUUUUAGGGAGAAAGCCAAAGACAUUCAAGAUCGGAGUGGUUUCCAGGAUGUCUCUUUGCCCACGCUUGUUGCGACGGUAAAUCAAUUCAGGCUUGGGCUGGGGCCGCAGAAAAGGAAUCUCAACCUCCGGAAUCUGGUCGUCCAGAACACCGCGUUCACUUUGGUCAUGAUGCAUCGUCAAUCCGUUCUACGGCUGGCUUGCCAGUAUGGGGGUCUUCCACUGGCCGAAUUGCCCCCUCCUUACCUCGCGCCAUCCCUCCAUUUUUCCCUGAACCGGUCCCCCGUCCAAAGCUCGAACUUUUCGUCCACCGCUGCCGCUGCUGGACACGGGCGUGACCUGAGCAAAACCCGUGGAGUGUCUGCAAUCCAUCGUACCGGGCCCAAAUUCAAACUCGGAGCUUCCAAAUAUCCAUUGCCAAAGCCUGUUUCUCCCGAGGCGCUCGAGAAGCGCCAUGCGACCCCGGAUCACGGACUUUGGGGAUUCUUUCCCAAAGAUCGGCAAGCAUUGGGCACACCAGAGUAUGAUGUCGCUCACGGUCGCUCUUGGUCCAUUCAAGAACUCCGCGAGAAGUCCUGGGAUGACCUCCAUUGCCUUUGGUGGGCCUGUGUUAAGGAGCGCAAUCGCAUAGCCACUUCCAACUUGGAGAGACAACGAUUGAAGGCAGGAUAUGGCGAAUGGGAAGCCACCGAGCGGGACCGAGUGAUCCGUGUCACGCAGAAGAGCAUCAAGCACGUUCUCCGGGAAAGAUGGUAUGCCUGGGAGGAUGCCAGUGCACUUUACAAGAAGGGAUACCGGCCGCAGGAUGACGAGGCGACCGAGGCGUGAGUUCGCCUGUCGGUGGCUCUAAGAUUUCUCCUGUCUUGAUAAUCGAGACUCUGUACUUUUCUUAUCUGUAGCAUUAUUACUUUCAAUAGUUGAUGGCCGUUAUUGGCGAGGAUUGACCUGUCCACGAAGACUGACGUAUUUGUAACUUGUGAGAGAGAGCUAUGAUGGUUGCUAUAAAUGGUAACGGAAGCCAUUUUGGGAAAAACUCACGGUAUUUGGGUUAAUAAAUAGCGUUGAGGUGAGCAAGUCAAUAGUUAG